AUUAACCAGAUUUAUGACUGGAAUGGACUGAGCAGCUGCUAUUGAGCUGAUUUUAAGCCUUCAGUAAACUGCCAGCAUCAGUGUGUACAAGAACUAACUUGCAUCAACCGAACUAUUGCCUGGAUAACAGUGUGGCAGGUGCCAAAUCCUGCUGGAAAAUUAGAUCAGCAUCUUCAAAGAGUUGGUCAGCAGAAGGAAGCAUGAAGGGCUCCAAAAUUUCUUGGUAAACGGGAGCAGUGACUUUGGUUUUCAAAAAACACAAUGGACAAAAACCAGAAGAUGACAUUGCACCCCAAAUCAUCACAGACUGUGGAAACUUAACACUGGACUUCAAGCAACUUGGGCUAUGAGCUUCUCCAACCUUCCUCCAGACUAGGACCUUGGUUUCAAAAGGAAAUACAAAACUUGCUUUGAUCUGAAAAGAAGACUUUGGGCCACUGGGCAACAGUCCAGUUCUUCCUCUCCUUAUACCAGGCAAUGCUGCAAAAUUCAGACUGAAUUGUGUGGGAGAGCUUCAAUGGGCUCAUAAGAAGUAACUAAAUCUGAUAAAAGCAGACAUGAGUGACACAGUGGAGAAUCUGGACACCAGGGACCUGGGGUUCUCAGAUGCUGAGGAUGAACCUGAAGAGGUGGACUGUGAGUUAAAUCCUUCAGGGGUAUCCCGUAUCCCAUUCUCUGCGGUGUAUAGGACAGUUGGCUUUAAAGAGACAGCGGCACAGGUCUAUCUCACUUCUGCCCCCAUAAUUGCCAAGAUCCUAGAGGUGGAACGUUUCACCAGUGCCCCGGACCGCUUCAACAUGUCCAAACACAGGAGCGUGUCCAAGGCAAUGCCAGCCGUGUUUAAGAUAGAGCUCAAACAUGGGAACUUCACCUGGAUAGUCAAGAGAAAAGAGAAGCACUUCAUGGAGCUACACAGAGAGCUUCUGCGAUACAAGACCCUCAUUAGGAUCCCGCUGCCCACUCGGAGCCAUACAGAGAGAAGAAAGAGCAUAAAGAGGAGCGAGGUGAGGCAGAUGCCUGCACUGCCUCGGGGAGGUAGAGAUGAGAUGGCACGAGAGGAGCAAGUUUCUAGUCGGAAAAAACAACUGGAAGACUACCUAAACAAGCUGCUGAGGAUGGCAAUGUACCGAAACUACUAUGCAACCAUGGAGUUUAUUGAUGUGAGCCAGUUGUCCUUCAUUCAGGACUUGGGCCCCAAAGGCUUAGAAGGCAUUGUUUAUAAAAGGUCAGGAGGUCACCGUAUCCCAGGCAUGAACUGCUGUGGCCACAAUGAAGUCUGCUACCGCUGGUCCAAGAGGUGGCUUGUUGUGAAGGACUCUUUUCUGCUGUACAUGAAGCCAGACACGGGUGCCAUUUCAUGUGUCCUGCUGGUGGACAAUGAGUUCACUAUCAAUAUGGACUCCAAAUACACAGAGACCAAGCAUGGAGUGAGCAUAGAGAACUUGUCCAGGAAACUAGUGCUGAAAUUCAUUAGUUAUAGACAUGCACGAUGGUGGGGUCAGUCCAUUGAAAACUUUGUCCGGAAACAUGGCAAGGCCUUUUUAAGGGCCCACCGCUUUGGAUCUUUCGCCAGGGAGGAGGAGAACAUACCCUCUAAAUGGUAUGUUAAUGGAAAAACCUACAUGGAGGAUGUUGCAAAUGCACUGGAGGAGGCCAAAGAGGAGAUCUUCAUCACAGACUGGUGGCUGAGCCCUGAGAUCUUUCUGAAGAGGCCUGUAGUGGAAGGCAAUCACUGGAGGCUCGACUGCACUUUGAAACGCAAGGCUCAACAAGGAGUGCGGAUCUUUGUUAUGCUGUAUAAGGAAGUGGAGUUGGCGCUCGGCAUCAACAGUGAAUACAGCAAAAGAACACUAAUGCGCCUUCACCCAAAUAUUAAGGUGAUGAGGCACCCUGAUCAUGUGUCCUCCUCUGUCUACUUAUGGGCUCACCACGAAAAAAUUGUAGUCAUCGACCAAUCAGUUGCUUUCGUUGGGGGAAUUGACCUUGCGUAUGGCCGCUGGGAUGACCAUGAGCACCGACUGACAGACUUGGGAAGUGUAACACGAUCUGUUGCUCAGGCCAUGGAGCAGGGACUGGAUUCAUCCAAGCCCAGGAAAAAAGUGUCUAGCAGUGGAAACAGCAGCCAGUCGAUGGUUGGUGACUCAGUGGACCCGCCCAAACUAAAAGGCAUUGGUCGCACUCGCAAAACACGUUUCAGUCUGUACCAUCACAUCCAACGUGGCCUUCACCAUGCUGACAGCGUCAGUAGCAUCGACAGCACAAACAAGAGUGGCUCAUUGCACAGUCUUCAGAGAGAAGUGGGAGAGCUGAGUGGAAACACUCGCUUUUGGCACGGCAAAGACUACUGCAACUUUGUGUACAAAGACUGGGUUCAGCUGGACAAGCCUUUUGAUGAUUUUAUUGACAGAUACACAACCCCCAGAAUGCCCUGGCAUGAUAUCUCCUCAGUGGUGCAUGGGAAAGCGGCCAGAGAUGUGGCCAGGCACUUUAUACAACGCUGGAACUUCACCAAAAUAAUGAAGCCAAAGUACAGGUCGCUCUCCUACCCAUUUCUCCUGCCCAAAUCUCACAGCACAGCCAAUGAUCUAAAGUACCAAGUGCCAGACUGUGUCCAGACCAAAGUCCAGGUUCUGCGGUCAGCUGCAGACUGGUCGGCGGGAAUCAAGCACCAUGAGGAGUCCAUUCAUAAUGCCUAUAUUCAGGUCAUUGCCAAGAGCAAACACUUCAUCUACAUUGAGAACCAGUUCUUCAUCAGCUGUGCUGAUAACAAACAUGUUUACAACAAGAUUGGUGACGCCAUUAUUGAGCGAAUCAUAAGAGCUCACAAGGAGAAGAAGUUGUUCCGUGUGUAUGUGGUGACUCCCCUGGUUCCUGGAUUCGAGGGAGACAUUUCCACAGGAGGAGGAAGUGCACUCCAGGCUGUUAUGCAUUUUAACUACAGGACCAUGAAUAGAGGAGAGCACUCCAUAAUUGCUCAACUUAAGAAAGAAAUGGAUGACCAAUGGAUGAACUACAUCUCUAUUUGUGGACUGAGGACUCAUGCGGAUCUGGAAGGCAGACUUGUGACUGAACUCAUCUAUGUUCAUAGCAAGUUGCUCAUUGCUGAUGACAACACUGUCAUUAUUGGCUCUGCCAACAUCAACGACCGCAGCAUGUUGGGGAAGAGGGACAGCGAGGUAGCUGUGAUUUUUGAAGAUUCAGAAACAACGCCAUCAGUGAUGGAUGGUCAAGAGUACCAGGCUGGCAAGUUUGCUCUGCAGCUCAGACUGGAGUGCUUCAAAACCAUUCUUGGUGCCUUUGACGAUCCAACCAUUGAUGUUAGUGACCCCAUCAGCAACGCAUUCUACAAAGACAUCUGGAUGAGUAUUUCGGGUAGGAACGCCACCAUCUAUGAGAAGGUUUUCCGCUGUCUGCCCUCAAGCCUGGUGAGGAACAAACAGGAGCUCAUGAACUUCCAGUCCAAACCAGGUCUUGAUAAAGAGAGCCCUGGUAAAGCUCAGGAGCUUCUGAAGAAGAUUAGGGGCUUCUUGGUCCAGUUCCCACUGGAGUUCCUCUGUGAGGAGAACCUCAUGCCCUCGGUAGGCACCAAAGAAGCCAUGGUGCCCACUGAGAUCUGGACCUGAUGGCACCAAAUGAGAAGCAGAGAAAAGACAAUCAGCUUCCGUAUGAGGAGAAAAAGAAAGACUCCACUGUGGUGGACAAAACUUUAGUUGUGAAAGAUAGGAUGGAGCAAAGGAUAUUUUAACAAGCUGUCCAUCUCUCAUCAGACAUCUUCUUAUUAUUCUGUAUCUUUUAUCAAAGUUAUAAAUGCACAUAAUCAUAUUUUAUAAGUGAUUAUCAGCACAUAUUGUGCUUUUACUAUAAUGCAUGUAAUGAAAGUCAAAGAUGCCAAGCAAAAGCGCUUUUUAAAUAAAUAAAUAUAAUUCUAAUGUACAUAUAAAGAGGAUUUAAUUAUUAUUGCUAAAGCUGGUUUAUUUGUAGAGGCAGCACUCAAAGUGAAGGGCAAGAUGGAGGGUGGAAGGCCUGUGAGAUAUUAUUUGUCAAUAAGGCCCAUUCUUUAGCAUGGCGUCCCCAGUAGAAGUGCAUAAGUGACUAGCUGAGUACAGUGUUUUCUGUCUGGUGAACCUGCUCUCAGACCGAGUCUGCAGAGGCUUUUACUGUCCAGCCUUAAUGUGUGUCUAAGUGUCAGUGCUCUGGGGAGACCUGACAGUCUGUGAAUUUAAGUGCUGAGUAACUGAAGGAAAUUAAUGCCUGUCAACACCAACCAGUGACGUGUGACGUCCAACCUUGUAUUUUUCUCUUCACAAAUGUGGCACAGGUCGGAUUUCACAAGUUUUCACAAUGUCCCUUGGUUUAUGAAUAUCAGCAUGUCAACCAUUUUCUCCAGUUUCCCACGCGGCUUAUUUUUGCGGAUAUUUUUUAAGUUUUUAGUUCUUGUGAUUUUAUCUGUUCUUUUAUCCCCCAAAUAAAAAGUAUUUUUUUAUUUUUAUUAAGAAGUCUCUUAUGUUCACCUAGGCUUCAUUCGUUUAAUUAUAAUUUCAGUAAAAACAUUAAUAUUGUGAAAUUCAUUCUUGUGAUGGCAAACCUGAAAUUUCAAGCAGCUAUUACUCCAGUCUCCAGUGUUUUUACUUUUGUAAAACUGUAAAUGUCUUAUAAAUGCCACUUUUGAUAAAUGUAAUGCAUCCCGUCUGUAUGUAUACAUUUUCAAAACAUGUAUUACUGACCCCAAACUUUUGAACAUUACUGUUUGAAUAUUUACAACUGAUUUUUGUGCCAUAAUGCAACUCAUUUAUUACAGGAUAUUCAAUGAGAAUUUUAUCCAUCUAUAAUUGAUUUGUGAGUGAAAAUGUGCCUUAUAAAACAAAAUGGAGCCAAAUGAAAUGGCACACAAAAAAAUGCCUAAAUAGUUUUUUGGAUUAAUUUCUUUUUUUUUUUUUUUUUUUUUUUUUUUUAAGAUGCACAAAUCAAAUAUUCACAAUAAGCAUUGAGAAAUAAAAUUUUUUUUUUUUUUUACAAAAUUAAUGAAAUGAUCCAUCAUAGCAUCUGAAUUUGUUUUAAAUGAAAGAGAAAAAAAUUCUUUAAAUGUCUUUCCUUUUUUUUUCAACAUAUAUGACUGUCUUUGAAGAUUCAAACCCAACUGAAUAACAUGGAGCUCACAAGGAGAUACAACUCCUGUGCCACCUUUUCUAGCACAUUUAAGCAGCAUGUUGUCUGUAGUUACAUUAACUGUGAAUUUGAAAGACAAGGUGUAUUUUAGCCCUGACUCCAUUUUGAUCUGUGUUAAUGCAUUUGUCCUGAAAUUUGCACUAAAUAAGUUUCCAAUAUAUUUCAAAUAAAGUUUUUUUUGGGAAUGGUA